GCAGCGCCUAGAAUUUAUUGGAAUGGGAGGAGUUAUUAUGCUACGGGGGACCGCCCAUUUCGGCUUCUUUUCUUGUCUGACUGAACUGCAGUUUGAAUGUGCGGGGAGGGGGGAGGAUGUGAAACGGCCUGAGAAAGUAACCCGGCAGCCAAACACCAUCUUCCCUGGAACAAAGACUUUCCUUGUCGGAGCUUCCCAGGCAACUGACAGUGAAGUGCGAGCCGGCCUGGAGCAGCAGCAGCAGCAGCAGCAGCAGGUGAGGAGAGCAAAAGCCACUGACCCAGAGAGAAAAGUCCGGCUGCAAUGAGAAGAUCAAGUCUCCUUCCCCAUUCCUUUCUUUAAUUUCGCGUCAUCCUCCCAAAGCCUCGCAGCCAAUCAGGCAGCGGCUAGGGGCCGGUCGCAGUCGGCUAUUGGUCAGUUCAGGCUGGCUUGGGCAGGACUGGGCACCAAGUGUAACGUGGGUGCCGCUGCUUGCUGCCGUACUACAGGUUUAGUGGCACGCUGGGUGCUGGGCGCCGCUCUGCCCUCCUGCUGCCAGCUUUGGUGCUGAGAUACUCCGGGCGCCUGAGGACGACAAGGAAGCUUGCGUACCAAGCUGAGCCGCACUCCGCUGCGAGCUACUGCCACACAUUUACACACGCAAUGACGGGUUCCAGUCCCAGUGUUUAUACCGCUGGCAGUGCCAUCUGGGCGCACCCGGGGAUGCCACACGAACAAUAAGUUUUCCCAAGACGGAGGAUUUCAUCUUCAUUUUCCAGAUGCCACUUUCUCAAACUACUUGUGGGUGCCCACCAAGCUGGGCUGGCUGGCUGCAUUAUCCGCUCGUCUAACAGUGGGGGUCUCCACUCUUCUUGGGCUUUAUUUGGCCCCAGCCUUUAUUAUAUGCAGACAUUGUAGCACUGGGUCACAAGUCGAUUCCUGAUGGAGGCAGCAGCUGCUGCUGUGACAGUAAAAGCCAGGUCUGGCUCUAGAAGUGCUGGCAAGGGGAGCUGCGAUGGAGGAGUUGCUAGCCCCAGCUCAGGUUGCCUUGGACUUUCUGGAUGUGGGCACACUUCAUCGCCAUGCCCAGAGCUACAGCAGCAGUACAAAUUGGACGACUUCGAUACUGUAGCCACAGUCGGAACUGGCACAUUUGGAAGAGUACACCUGGUAAAAGAGAAAAUGGGCAAGCAAUAUUUUGCAUUAAAAGUAAUGAGCAUUCCGGAUGUGAUUCGUCUGAAACAAGAACAACAUGUACAUAAUGAAAAAUCUGUCUUGAAAGAGGUUAAUCAUCCGUUUCUAGUCAAACUGUUUUGGACCUCACAUGAUGACCGCUUCUUAUACAUGCUGAUGGAGUAUGUACCUGGUGGAGAGCUUUUUAGUUACUUACGGAACAUGGGACGCUUUAAUAACAGCACUGGACUGUUUUACUCAACUGAAAUUAUUUGUGCAAUAGAAUAUUUGCACUCCAAAGAAAUUGUUUACAGAGAUUUAAAACCGGAAAAUAUUUUGUUAGACAAAGAAGGGCACAUCAAGCUUACAGACUUUGGAUUUGCAAAGAAGCUCUCAGACAGGACAUGGACACUUUGCGGGACUCCUGAGUAUCUGGCACCAGAAGUUAUUCAGAGCAAAGGCCAUGGAAGAGCAGUGGAUUGGUGGGCUUUGGGGAUUCUAAUUUUUGAAAUGCUUUCAGGGUUUCCUCCUUUCUUUGAUGACAAUCCCUUUGGUAUCUAUCAGAAGAUUUUGGCUGGAAAGAUAGACUUUCCAAGACAUUUAGACUUAUAUGUCAAAGACCUCAUAAAGAAACUCCUUGUUGUUGACCGAACUAGAAGGCUUGGCAACAUGAAGAAUGGGGCAGAUGAUGUCAAAAGGCAUCGGUGGUUUAGAUCAAUAGACUGGGAUACUGUACCGCCAAGAAAAUUAAAACCUCCAAUAAUACCAAAAGUAACCCAUGAAGGUGAUACAUCCAACUUUGAAGCCUAUCCUGAAGAUGACUGGAACAAAGCACCGCCUGUACCUCCAAAAGACUUGGAAAUGUUUAAUAGUUUCUAAAUAAGUUUUUAGAAAGCUGAAAGAUAAACAGUUGAAGACCUUUUAACAGAGGGCGAUGAAGAAUGAUCAACAAGAAUAGUGAAGUUCUCUGAAAAAUGGAUGGAAUAUACCUCUGUUAAUGCUUCAUGAUCAAAAGGGGAAGAGCCAUUGACCUGCACAUUAGCUAAUGCUCCAAAUGUGCAUUUCUGAUUGACUUCAUACCACUGAAGAGCAUGUUUUGGCAUUCCAGUGCAUUGGGUCCAUAGUACAGUAGUACUUGGGUUGUUUAACCACUUGACCACUGUACCUAUUCAAUAUGAAUAGCCAUUAAAAGCCGAUCAACUCAGCUUGCAUCGAUGAUUUAAAUGUCAUUUGUACACAUCAUAGGCAUGGACAGUAAACUUCUUUGUUGAUAGAUUAAAAUUGCAAAAAUGAAGCUAUUUGUGUCAUUUAAAAGUUUGAGAAUGGUAGCUCUGAAUAAUUUACUGUUCAUUUAGUUAGAAAAUCCAUACUGUAAUAGUCAAAUGUAGAAUCAGUACAAGUUCAUACAAGACAGAAUGCCCUAUCAUAAUCUUCUUCUGGUUUUGAAGUAUGUUCUGUCAGUUGACAAACUACCCAUUGUAAUCACUAUUUCCAAAAAUAUAUUGAUAGGUUUUGAAUAGACAGGUCACUCGCACUCUGUGGUGCAUAUUUAUAAAGUUGUGGGGAAAAAAAAGACAUUGAUGUUUUAAUGUCUCGGGCCACCAUGUAGAACAAUGCAUAUUUUUUGCCAUUGUAUAGCUGAAUGUAAAAUUUGGUGUCAACUGGAAAAACUGAAGAAGAUGUUAUAUAAAUAAAAAAAGACACUUUUUAAUGCAACCUUUUUUUGAUCAGAAAUGAUGAGUAAAAACAUGACUGAGGAAUUGGUCCUCUUACCUCCAAUUGACUGCAACAGGGGUAGAGAGCAUUAUAAAGUAAUAGCAUUACUCUUUUACUAUAAACUGGCUAAAAAUUCAUUGCAAAUUCCAAAAUUGCAUUUUAUCAAGACUGAAAAUAUCUGGGGCUGAAUUGUAGAAAAAUGUUUGCUUCCAAUUUGGUCCCCACUUGAUAAUUAGAAGUCUGCCCUCUUUGUGUGGUACUCUCUGCCCAAUAAUAUAAUAGCCAUAUAGUUAUUCAUUUUUAUUUAGUCUCAGUGGCACCACCCCAUGCUUUUUUAUUUUUUUUAUUGUAAUUAUUGUUGGGUUUCUAUUUUUAUUUUAAAAAGAAAACAUUGGCAAAAUGUUUUAAUUUAUGUUAUAUAUUUUUCCGUUCAAGGUAAAAAUCAUUAACAUUAACCCUUUGUUGUGAGACUUCUUCCCUUGUGUCCAGCAACCUGACUUUCUUUCUGACUAAAUACAAAAGGUGGUACUGAAAAAUAAUAAUGUUAUAAAUAUUAGUCAUGGGGAGAAUAUGACAGGGAAUUACCCAAUGAAACCUCAAUAAUAAACUUUAGUUGGAUGGUAAAGAAACAGAUGGUGUUCCUAGUUAAUUUACCAAGAUUUUCACCCCCAACAAACGCAAUUUUGUCUUUUUCAGCUCCACUGUAAGCCUUUUUUCUUUUGUGUUUAUGUAAACCUCAUAUAUAUAUAUAUUUUAAUGAAUGUGUUGAAAGGAGCACAAAUGUAGUAUGUAUAUAAUUGGAAAUAUAAAGACUGAAACCAAGAUGUAAAUGUUUGUACUUUAAAAAGCCUGAGUUUUAUUUUUGAAAAUAAUGUGUUUGCAAUAUUUUGUCAGGGAGCGAAUAAAGAAAUGUUUUUUUUUUCUUCA